GCUAUGGUGGCUUGUUAUCCAGGCAAUGGAACAGGAUACGUGCGCCAUGUCGAUAAUCCAAAUGGAGAUGGAAGAUGUGUUACAUGUAUAUAUUAUCUUAAUAAGGACUGGGAUGCCAAGGUAAGUGGAGGCAUCCUUCGGAUAUUUCCAGAAGGUAAAGCCCAAUUCGCUGAUAUUGAACCCAAAUUCGAUAGACUGCUAUUCUUCUGGUCUGAUCGCCGCAACCCUCAUGAAGUACAGCCAGCCUUUGCUACAAGGUACGCAAUAACAGUGUGGUAUUUUGAUGCAGAUGAAAGAGCACGAGCUAAAGUAAAAUAUCUAACAGGUGAAAAAGGUGUGAGGGUUGAACUUAAUAAACCUUCUGACUCAGUUGGGAAAGACGUUUUAUAAGCCUUUGAUUUAGCAACUCCCUGUGCUAUUCUCCCUGAUAAAUCUUGAUGCUAUCUAUUAACUUUUGAAUGUGAAUAACAAGAUAAAGGAAAAUCAACAACAAACCAACAUCUUAAUAAGGAAGCAAACAGUGUUUCAAUGUUGCAUCAAAUAGAAGGUUCUUUGACUGCUGAAGCAUUGUACUAUGUGAUUGUGACUCCAGGCCUGUGACUGCUUAUGUGAAGAAGAUAAGCAAUCAGUAAGAAACAGCAUAUGCAUCUGGACAUAAAUAAGUGCCCUACAUAGAAUUUGUCCAUUCUUAUAUUUUGCCAGACCUGUCAUCCAGCUGAAUCCAUUUCAUCUCUCCCUUUUUUUAUAUGGUAAAAGUUUGAAUUUUGGGUAAUUUUUGUAUGACCAGGUACAGUUUAUCAAAAUUGAGUCUUAAAAAAAAAAAAAGAAAAACUGAAAAAAAAGGAAAAAAAUUACAGUAUUCUCCAAAAUAACAUGGAUCUAUUUUUGUAAAACUGUUCAUACUGUUCUCCUCUGCCAUGAAAGACCUAAUUUAAUGUAAGGGUUGCCAGUAGCUGAUAAUCACUUUAAUUUUCUUUACACCUUAAGUCAGAAAAAGAGCACUUUAAUUACCAGCUAAAAACCUGAUUGUUUUAUAUCAUAUCUCACACUAAUCUUAACUUUUAAAGAUUGCUGCUGUAUUGUUUUUUUGACUAUGUUAUCUUGAACCUUAUUAACAGAAGCAAAUCAGUAUCUCGCUAUUAAUAACAUUCAGUUUGUGGUUUUGUAUGUUGAAUCCACAGAGGGGAAGUUUCUGUUUCUUCUUUGUUUUGGUUUUUUUGUUUUUUGGGUUUUUUUUUUGUGUUAGGGUUUUUUUGUGUUUUUUUAAAUUUUUUAAGUGACUGGCACUAAGUGAACUUGACACUAUCGGUUGCUGUCAUUGGCUUUGGGGACCUGGUAAAUACCAUCAAGUUACAAGUAUAUACAAGGGCUUUCCUAGACUAUUAGAGGUACCCAGAACCUCCUUACUUACUUGACAGAAAUUUUUGAGCUUUCUCCCUUUUCUAAAAAAUUCUUGCCACCCCUCUUUCCUUUGUAUAUAAGUUAAUGGAAUAUCUAAAAUUCCCUUUUUUUAAUUUCCUUUUCAAAUAUUUGUGUCCCGUGCAGUCUGUAAGUUGACACCUUGAUCUAUUAUAUAGUAUCAAGGAAAUGGUCAGCACACUGAAGCUGAAGUGCAUCACUCUGUAGGCUCCUUGUGCAAUACAUUUUUAAGUUUUCACUGUGCUGAAGGAUUUCCCCAAAAAGGCACGGCCCUUUGACAAAUGCUGAGGUAAAUAUUUAGUAAGAAAACACUUACUUUCUAUUACAUUGUUUUCAUUUUAUCAAGGAGAGGGGGCAUCACAGAGUAAAAGUGAGAUGUGCAGAAACUUCGAUAUUCUUAUUUUUAAGAAAUUGAUAUUUUGGACACUGAUUUUUUUUUCUUCUUCUUUCCUUUAUUUUUUCUGAGCUUUAAAAGCUUGAGAAAACAAAAGCAAGCCUAUCAAAAACAGCAUUCAUAUUUACAGGAGUUUUGGGGUUGAUCAGCUUACCCACUGCAGUUUUCUAUCUGUUCCUUAUUUCCUUACUUAGCCAAAACAAUGUGAGUGUACAGAAAUAUUUCUGUAUAUAUUACAACUUGUGACAGUUUUAGCAUCUGUAUAGUUUGUAUUCAAUUAGAAACCUUUUCUAUGGAAAGCUCAGUAAUUUUUUAUUAAAAACAUUACUAUUGUUCAUGUAAAACAUGAAAAAGCUAAUUGUUUAGUAACAAACUGACAGAAGGGGGAAAAAAUUCAGUAUUGGUAUAUCAUUUAGGAGAACCAACAGAAAUCCCAGUCUUGUUUUGAUUUCGCUUUUCCUUUUUUUAGUAAAUUCUUGCCCUGUACAGUUCUCUUCGUCUUUCCUCUUUUCUUCCCAGUAAAACAGACAGAAUACUUUACUGUAAGUGCCUCUGCCAACCUGGCCAAGGAGUGCAAAUCUUCAUUACUGUCUGGUCUGCAGUGCAUUUAGGUUACUAAUAAAACAAGCAAAAAAGUCGCCUCUUCUACUUCAUCUUCUUUAGUACUACUUUAACAGAGGUUUGUUUGUUUUUGUUUUAGAAAUGUAAACAUAAGCCUUUAAACUCAUUUCAGUCCCUCUGUAAUUCAAACUGCUGCAGUUAAACAGCGUAUCAAAUUCUAAUCACUCUGUAGGUUUGUGCUUGCCGGACAGGUUUAAAAAGUGCUUAAUUUUUCACUCCAUGUAAGUCAUUGCAACAGGGUCAACAAAUCAGGUCAGCCAUUUCUUCCAUGUCCUUCAGAAACUGUUCAUUUCAUGUCGGUUGAAUAUUCAGUCUUGAGCAUCAUCAAGCAGGUCCUUGUUUUACAACUAUUUUUUAAACUGUCUUAUGAUCUGUAUGUGUCUAGUCCUGGUUAAAAAUAAAGCUUCAUAAUGCUAUUUUUAUUCAUGAUGUUAGCUGGCUGUGAAAUACGAGACCUUUAUCUAUAGCAGGCGAAGAAAUUCAGGAUUCAUUUACAGGUUGCCUAUAAAGUUGUGUAAUUUCAAAAGCAGUGUUCAUUAUGAAAGAGCUCUCAAGUUGCUUGUAAAGCUAAUCUAAUUAAAAAAGAUGAUGUAUAAAGGUU